CCUAGCAUUCCACUUCCCUAGCCGAGGGAAUAAAAAGACCUUCAUAUAUCCUUCGAUUUUCAUACUCAGAUCUACAAAAUGAAACGGCAAUUUAACGGCGGAGAUACCGAUUCCGUCAAUUUGAACGGCGGUGAUGAAUUCAAGAAGAUGAAGAAGAAGCAGGUUCUAGAGUUGCCGAUGAAGCGCCAAUUUGACGGUGACGAAACUAACGGUGACUUUAAUAACAACAAGAAGAUGAAGCAAGUUAUAGAAGAGCCGUCAUCGGAAGUGUUGUUAGAUGAGAAUCUACUCUACGAAGUUCUCAAACACGUCGACGGGCGCACGUUAGCAACAGCAGCGUGCGUUAGCAAGCAAUGGAACCAAACGGCGUCAGAUGAACGUCUUUGGGAACUGAUCUGCACAAAAGACAGCCGUAACCAACAACAAACGCUACGCGCCGUCGUACUCGCCCUAGGCGGUUUCCGGCGACUAUACUCUCUCUAUCUCUGGCCACUCUCCAAGCCGUCACCGUCACCGUCACCGUCACCGUCGUCUUCGGCCUGGCCUUGCCUUCCUCAGCCGCCGGCGCCGUCUACUCCGCCGUUAAAAUACGGCGGUACGAACACGAGAUGGGGAAAAGAUGAAGUCAAUCUAUCGUUAUCGUUGCUAUCGAUUCGGUAUUAUGAGAAGAUGAAUUUCAAAGCUAAUAAAUCAACUUAAGUUGAUAUAUGAGUAUUCAAUUUCGUAAUUUUAACAUUUUUAUUAUCCUGAAUUUUUAGCUUAUGGUUUGUGUUUUUACUGUAUUGAAUCAUUUUUAUGAUUAGAUCUGUUGGAUCUAUGUUGUAUCAUAUGUAUGCUUUUGAUUUUCCAAAGCUGUUCAUGUAAAAUUGAGGCCUCACUAAUACGUACUAAUUGCUAUGUGAUUAGCAUUAAUCUUAA